AUGAUUAAUCAAAUUUUCAAUGAAGACAUGAGAGCUAGUAAAAAACUCAAAAUAAAAUUCUAAAAGAAACCUGGAAUGAAAGAUUCUUAACUUAUAAUGCAGCAUCUAGCUGAAAGUGUAGCUAGAGAAUCUCAAAAACUUGAACCAACUCCUAAUCCCCUUUUACAUGAUUCGAGAUUAUAAGAGGAAUUUUCAGAUCGUAAAAGGCAAAGCUCUGUUCAUUAGUUUUUGAAUGAUCGUCCUUUGGCUCAAUCAAAUUAUUUUACUCCUGCUGAUAGAAUCACUUUUGGAAGUAUCGAUAAUAGAGAUAGGUCAUAUGAUCGUUUUUAAUCGAAUUGGUACGUGUAAUUAAUAUUAAUCUAAGCUCUUUGAAAUCUUCUCUUGCAUCUAGCUAAUUGUUUUCAAUACCGAACAAAGUAACAGAAUUGAUUGGACAUUAUCCUGAAUACUUAAAGAUUUUAUCUGAUGAUAUUGAAAACUAGAAGAGAAAAAUAUGUGUUGACUGCAAUAGGCUUAAGGAUCUUAUACACGAAGAAAUAGAAAAAAAACAAUGUGAAUUGUUAAAUUCUCUAGAUUAGAUUUUAGUAAAUUAUGAAUCUAAUUAUUAAACAUUACAAGACAUGGUUAAUCAAUUUAAGCAAUCAUUUUUAUAAGUACCAUCAGCAUUGAAUAGGUCAAUUCCUGUAAAUAUUUCAUCGAUCAAUAUAUUUCAUUACGAUCAAGAUGAAAACUAUAAAAAGAUAAAAGAAGAGAAAUGUCUUAUAAAGCAAAGAUUAUCUAAUAUAGAUUCAGAAUUGAUGAAACGAACCUUAAUCUUUAUGGCUGAAGAUAUGGACAAUUAAAUCACCCAUAAACCAGGUUAUAGACAUACAGAAACUUUACAAUUAAAAUAUGAUGAAUUUUAAAAAUAACUGAUUAACUCACUUUCAACUUAAUUAAAUGAAAUGAAUCUUGUAUUGGAGAUUGCUCCAUAAUACAAUUAUGAGCAUAUAUUAUUAUUGCCUAAGGUUGAAACUGUCAUUGCCAAUAAUAGAUAAAACGUUAUAGGAGGAGACAGAGAUAUGUAAGAGUUGGAAAAUCUAAAAACACUGAUUCAAAACAAAUUAAAAUCAUAAAAGUUUAAUAUGAAUAUUAGUUUGGGAUUGGGUUAAAGUAUGAAAAACUUUGGAUUAAAGUUAGAAUAUAAAUAUUAAUCAAAUAAUCCUUUAUUAAGUAUUUAAGCAAUAACUGAUAAUAUAAUUGCUGUUGGUAGUAGGAAUGGAUUAGUGCAAGUAUGGGAUUUGAAAAAAAAAGAGUAAUGUUUUUCAGUGUAAACAAAAUAACCUGUAACUUGUAUGAGAAUUUUUAAAGGAUUUUAAGGAGAUUUUAAUGUAAGUUCAAGAGUGAAUGUUUUGGGAGUGGAUUUAAAAGAAUAGUAAUAUUUGGUAACAGGUAAUUAAGAUAUAAGGAUAUGGGAUAUUAAGAGUGGAAAUUAAAUAAAAUAAUUAAAAGGGUAAGGAAAUGUGGUUACAUCAAUGCUAUGUUUAUUGGAUAAUCAUACAUUAAUAAGUGGGCAUGAAGAUGGUAAGGUUUCAUUUUGGAAUGCUUAUUCUGGUAUGGUUAUGAAAAAGCUUUAAGAUCACAGUGAUUCUGUAAAUGGAAUAAUAUUAACAAAAGAUGGAAGAUUGAUAACAGGUGGAAGUGAUAAAAGCAUUAUAAUAUAUUAAUUACAUUAUGUUAGAUCACAGAUAUAUACAAGAUAAGUAUUUGGAGAUGCUUUAAAAUAACAUGUGAUUAAAGAUGAAUGUUAAAUAUAUUGUAUGUAAGCAUCUAUGAUUGAUGAUUAAUUAUUUGUGACAGGAGGUAGUGAUUGUAAAAUAAAGAUUUGGAAUCUAAAGACUUUGAAAGCUGAGAAAGAGAUCAUGGGACAUAAGUAACCAGUUGGAGAUUUUGUUAUGUUAGAGAAUCCUUUAGAUGUUGAUAAAGAAAAGAUGUUUGCUUUAGUUUCAGUAGCUACUAGUGAGGAUGUAUUACGUAUAUCUACAUCAAUAAGUCCUCUUAAUAGUGGAGUCUAUUUGAAUGAAAAAAUUGUGAAUGAAUUUGGUGCUACAUGUGGACCACUAUUAUAAUUACUCUAAGAUAAGGAUGGAUUGAGACUCUUAGUUGUUAAUUAAGAUGAAGACAAUUAAAGUUUCAUGAUUUUAAAAUUACAAUGA